AGAAAAACAAAAAGUAAUCGAUGCGAAUAAAUUAGCUUACUGCAGCGAAUUUCACAAUUUAUAACUUAAAAUGUCGCUAAUUGUGGUCGAGGACGAUUCGAGCGACGAGCUAGCAUCAGCUAGCUCACUAGUGUCUGAUGGCGAACAAGGCAAACAUGUACUCGAAAACAAGAAUAAAGCGAGCGCACAAGAGUUGACUAUGGAUGAGAGAUCUUACGACGACGCAGAGACCGUAUCUACUGCGGAUAAUGAUGAUGAAGAAAAACCCCUGUUAGAACUAAUGAAGCACCUAAUAAACUACAACGGCAAGCAGAACACUAAGCUGACAAACAACCAGCUCGUCGGCAUCCUGAAGAAGGAGUUCGAGCUGGACCCCGCCAACCUGCACUUCAUCAGUGUGGACAUAUAUAUGAAUGUGCUGAAGAAAUUCUUGAAAAGUUGGCCGCAGUGGGAUGAAUUUGAUCAGGUAAUGCAUGAAACCCGCUGCAUGGAUGACCACGAAGAGAUUGAAAAAAUGCUGGACAUUGAAUACACAUCCCUAAAGGAAUACCUUGCCACCAUUCUGAAAGCGACCGAACCGUUUGCCAGAGAAGCGGCCCAGAAACUGAAACGAAGCGAAGAAAUACCCGAAUCCAGCAAAGCGGUCCCGGGCAAUGUUGUUUUAGAAGUAAAUUGCACCAGAGAUCAAUUAAAUAAACUGUUCUUUCGAAAACCACAUCCAGAUCACAAAAAUUCAAUCUUCAAUAUAAACUCUGACGUACCAUCAAAAAUAUAUGUUAACCAACAAACUUUUCAAUCCAUGCUGAAUUCAUGCUACGUCAAUAUUACUAUAAAUAUGGCCUGCUUUAAGUACAAAAGGGAAAUGCUGCCAAAUUUCAAGCAUAAGCUUAUAAAUAAAAAUCUAAGACAGAUUCAACGGGAGCCGAAAUUAAACACCCAUUUGCAAUCACCGAAAAACACGAAAACUCAAGGAGAUGUAGCGAGAAAAGACUUGAAAUUGGUUAUAGAGAAAAUCCAACGGUCAAAUAGAUAUAGUAUUCAGCAGCAACAAGACGUAGAUAUGAUAUUUAAGACUAUAAAUGAAGAUUUGAAAGUGUUACCAGCGACAUACAAUUAUGGCAGGGUGGAGAUACCUUGUUCAUUCAGGUUUCAUAUGAGCGAAUAUCCAUAUGUGAGGCAUUUGUAUGAAGAAGUUGAUACGGAAUCGGAGAAGUAUGAUUUGCAGUUGCAAGAGAAGAUUUCACCAAUGGUGUGGUUCCAUAUAUCCAGGUUAAGCCUGAUGAUCAGGCCGACGAACACGGACAGCAACUGGCUGAAGCUGGAAUGUUCCAUCUGUCAGACGACAUAUCACGGCGUCCAGGGGAUAGAGGCGUUGAAGGCACAUUUUAGAGAAGCCCAUCAGAACGAGCCUAACUGGUCCUGCACUCACUGCGACAAGGAGUUUGCGGCUACGCAGCUGGCAACCGCCAGGUGGCACCACCACUGCGAUAACAUAGAGGAACACAAACUGUUUGAAAAUUAACUCCC